AUGUCCGAAGUCGCUUCACGGCCGGCCGCCGCGCGCGGUAGAGGUGCCGGCCGCGGCGGCAGAGGCGGCUUUGCCGGUCGAAGCGGCCGCAGGACCAACGGCGACAAGGCUUCCUCCGACCACAAGACGGCCGACGACAAUCUCGGCGCUUCCAACGACGACGGAGACUUUGGCGACCUUCGAAAGAAGUACGGCAGCAAGACGUCGGUCAUCCGCGAAAUGUUCCCCGACUGGUCCGAGGCCGACGUCCUGUUCGCACUGCAGGAGACGAACGGCGAUGAGAACGAGGCCGUAGCGCGUAUCGCCGAGGGCACCAUCUCCCAGUGGGGCGAAGUCUCCAAGCCGAAGAAGACGGCCCGGGCAAAGGGCAAGGACGCAGCUUCGACGCCUGCCACGACCGACCAGGCCGCCGCCGGCGCUCGAGCGUCCCGGGGCGGCCGUGCCGUCUCCGAGGGCGGUCGUGGUCGCGGUCGAGGCUCCGACAGAGGCGGUCGUGGCGGUCGUGGCCGGCCGGCACACGCCAGCACCAACGGCGCUCGCAGCAAGGAAGCCUCUCAGCUCUCCGUCCCUACCGAGGAGUCCUCGGCCUGGGACCACGACAAGGCUGCCUCGUCGGACAAGCCCGAGCCCAAGCCGGUCGCCUCCACCGCUCCUCCCACCACCUCCGAUGCCACCAAGUCCAGCCCUGCCGCGGCCAAGACGUGGGCCAGCAUGCUGAGACGGUCGACGGCCCCCAAACCGACGCCUGCCGCCAAGGAAUCCGUUGCCACCAAGCCCGUCAAGCCCGUCGAAGCCCGCCCCGCCGCCGAAGCCCGUCAAGCCGAAGGCGAAUCCGCAUCCGACGCUGCGAACGAGACGACGCCGAUCGCGAACCGCGCCGAGCCUGUCCAGACCCAAUCCGUUGCCGACACCGAGGUGGCCCUCCCCCCCACCCAGGACGAACUGACGGAGACCAACCUGGAGCAGGUCGUCGACGACUCCAACCCGCCCGCCACGGGCACCGCCGCCAGCACCGCCGCCGACUCGUGGGACCCUCGACAGAGUCCCACCUCCACCCCGCUCUCCGCCGCCCAGCAGCAACACCAGGCGCACCGGACGGCGGCCAGCGGAUACGCCGCCUCGGCGAUCAAGGCCACCGCCGACCGAUCCAUCCGCGCCCCGAGCUCCCAGCGAAGGGUUCUCGACCAGGAGGAGGCCGUCCGCAUGCCCGGCAACCGGGAGGUCGAUCGCGCUGCCGUCCGCUUCGGCGCCUUCAGCCUCACCGGCGCCGAAGAUGACAUCGACGGAGACCGCGAAGAGCCGGAGACCCGAGCACAGCCCCCGGCCGACUCCCCCGUCGCCCACCCUCGCGCCGCCCUGCCUCCCGUCUCGCACCCCGUUGCCGUGCCCGAGCCUUUCCACAAGGCCGCCGCCGGCGGGCCUCCCGGCGCAGCUGGUACGAAGGCACCCGAGCCCGGGGACGACUUUUCGGUACGCUUGGCUGACAGCUUCGUAGCCCCGACCGCCCCUGCGGCACACGCACAAGGUAGCCUCCCCCGCCUCCUCCUCUUCGGCGGCCUGCUCGUGCUAACGGAUCGUGCAGCGACGCAAGCGCCCAUCCCGAGCGGGCAGCACUACGGUCGCUUCGGCCACGCCACCUCCCAGGAGGCCGCCGCGGCCUCGGCCAAGUCGGCGGAUCCCUUCCACCAGCAGAGCGCUCCCGUCUCCCAGCCUCCCUUCGACAACUUUGCUUCGCAGACACCUCAGUCGCAGACGCAACAGCCGGGUGGCGCCUUCAGCUCGGCCCCGGGCGAUUACUCCAACUACUACAGCGCGAACCAGCAAGAACGAAACCCGUACAACUACUACGGCCAGCAGUAUGGCGGCCAGCAGGGUGCGCACGGCCAACACGAGGGUGCCGCAUCCCAGCAGCGGCAGUUUGGCGGCUACAAUGCUCAGAACGAUAAUCUGAGCCAGUACCCUCAGAGCGGUGCCAUCCACAACCAGCCUCGAUUUGGCGGCUCCAACGAGAGCCAGAACAGCGGCCACUCGACGCCCAACCCCCCAGCCGCCCCGUCGCAGCAGGGUCAGCAGGGUCAGCAGGGUCAGCAGGCCCAGCAGGCCCAGCAGGGUCAGCAGCAGCAGGCGGGCCAGCAGCAGCAGCAGCAGCAGCAGCAGGGCGCCCCGGGCACGCAGCCGCAGUCUCACGGCCAGCAGUACCCAGGCUACAACCACCCCUACUACAACAACCCCUACUACCACCAGUACUACUCCGGAUACGGCCAGGGCAACUUUGGCCCCUACGGCAAGGGCGGCAUGUACGGACAGCCGUACGGCGUGUCCCCGAACGCCCCCUACGACCACACGUCGUCCCCCGGCGCCUUCGGCCCCUCGUCGCUUCACCGCGACAGCUCUCUGGGAUCGAGCCUCGGCGAGUACGGCCGUGCCGGAUCCAGCCAGGCGGCCAACCAGCCUGCCGCCGCCGGCAACAGCUUCGGCGGCGCCCACGACAGCUUCGGCCGCGGAUCGGCCUCCUUCCAGUCCCAGGGCCAGGCGGCCUUCAACAACCAGAGCCAGCCUGCGGCCUCGGGCUCGGGCUCGGCCGAUGACCUGAAGCCUUUCGGCGAUGCCAAGUCCGGCGCGGGCCCUUCGCCGUCUCUCGGAGGAGGACCUCGGCCCGGAUCGGCGGCGAACAACAGCGCGCCUAGCGGCCAGAGCGGUCUGCCACCACCUCAGGCGUCGCAGAUGGGCGCCGGCUACGGCGGAUACCCCAGUCACCUUCAGGGCCACGGCCUGCACGGAAGCGGCGCCGGUUACGGCAUGGGCGCCGGCGGUGCCGCCGCCGGCGCCGGCGCCAGCCAGCACGGCAGCACCCCCUACGGCACCUACGGCCAGGGCUUCGGCGGCAGCGGCUACUACGGCGGCGGCCAGCAGCAGCAGCAGCAGCAGCGCGGCGGCUGGGGUGGAAACUACCACUAG